AUGGGCGGCACGCCGCGCAGCAGCAUCGGCCACAUCCUGCCCGGCGCCGGCUUCUUCGCCGUCGGCCUGUGGCACCUUUUCAGCCACGUCAGGCUCUUCUCCCUGCACCCGGACUCGUACGUGGCGCCGGUCUGGUUCCCCGUCACGGGCGCCCGCUACCUGGAGCCCGCCCUCGUCAUCGCCGGCAGCGCCGUGGAGCUCGUCAUGGAGAUGUUCGUGGACCACUCCACCUUCCUGCCGUUCGAAGCCGACGGCUCCAUCCCGUCCGACCGCCUCCACAACCACGAGCACGCCAUCAUCUGCCUCGCGCUCAUCGUCUACGCCGGCGCCGCCGUCCACCUCGACCGCGCCCGCGCCCCGGGCCGCCGCGCGCUUUGCCUCCUCCUCGUGUCCGUCGUCUUCGCGCAGGAGCUACUCGUCUUCCACUUCCACUCCACGACGCACGCCGGCGUCGAGGGCCAGUUCCACUGGAUCCUCCAGGUGGUCGUUGCCGCGUGCCUCGGCACCACGCUCCUCGGCAUCGGCUUCCCGCGGAGCUUCGCCGUGAGCCUGGCCCGGUCGGCCUGCAUCAUGUUCCACGGGGUGUGGUUGGCCGUCAUCGGCGCCAUGGUGUGGGUGCCCAGCAUGGCGCCCAAGGGGUGCUCCCUGGUGCGGGAGGACGGCCGCGACACCGUGCGCUGCCGCGACAAGGCCAGCCUCCACCGCGCGAGGGCGCUCGUGAACCUGCAGUUCGGGUGGUACCUCUCCUUCAUGACGAUCUUCGUCCUCGCGAUCUACCUGUACGUCUGCAACAAAUACCCCGCCGAACAAGCGUACGCGCGGCUCGUCCACAAAGCCGCCGGCGACGAGGAGGAACAAGAUCACCUGGAGCUGGAGGCGCACAAGUGCAGCGUGCAUGACAUCGGCGGGGACAUGCAUGUGCGCGGCUUAUUGCCAUUGGAGAUUGAGGUGUAA